AUGGCUACAGGCAUGUCGCUCUCAAAAAAUGCUUCUUUGUGCCAUCUCGAAGCCGAUUCUAACACAACCGCAGGACGACAAAACCGAGCGGAUCGCCUGAAUGAGCGUCUUCGCGGUGCUCAGCGCGCCAACGUGGACGACGAAUCUUUCAGUCUCGACAUCAACAGCCUCAACAUAUCCGGCCUUGCCAUUGCAUCAUCAGUCGCAUCAGCCUCUAGUCCCGCCGCCAAUGCUAAAUACUCCCCUACUACCUCGGCAAAAAGAAGGAAAUUGGGCAAAAAUGCAAUCGCCACAACUUCUCCGGAGCAAGCGCCAAGCCCUACCCCUACACGACGGAGAGUCCGACGUCAGCUACCUACAAACCCGUCGAGUGAACUCCCAGAUGCGCCAAGCGAACCACGGCGGCGCGUGCCCGUUAGCGAGACUAUGAGUUCUAGCAUUAAGCUGAUGGGUGUGAUAUCUUCGGAUGAUGGGAUCCCCAUGCCUUCAUCUCCUCUCGUGAAUAAGCUGCGCCGUAGCGACGCAGCCUCAUCAAGGAGAUCGGCUGCGACAGAAGAGGGGGAGGAGGAGGAAGAUGAUCAGGGACAGGAACAGGAGAACGCCGAGGAAUCUGAUGAAGAAGAAACGCCGAAACCUCAAAGGACAAAACAAACAAGGAGACCACGAGAACCGUCUCCAGAAUUGGGCUCACAGCCAUUGGAGGACAUACAGGAAGAAUCGGAGACCGAACCAGAGUCGGAAAUACAGCAAGAACCAGAACCUGAACCGGAGUCUGAUCCUGAGCUGGAAAGAGGGGAAGAAACCGAGGACGAAGCUGAAGUUGAAGAAACCGUAUUACCAACUCCUCCCAAACGAAAGCGUGGGCGCCCCAGCAAGAGCCCGACUAUCCAGAAGCAACCUACUAUUAAACCAAAACCCGUUAAAACAAGGAAGCGAGUCCAAGCACAACCAGAAUAUGCCAAUGAGAACGAAGAGCCUCGGCCCCGGCCCAAAAAGGCAAGAACAAAGAAAAGACAUAGCGACCAGAGCGAAGGCGACGGUGGGAUGAUUGAAAUCACGGUCCAGCGUUUCGUCAACCUUAAGAAGCGCAGCAACGAGGAUGACGAUCUGGAUCCGCUACAGAACGAGACGGCGUUUAUGAACCACGGAGGAGAAAGCGUUAUCGACGUAUUCGCUCAGGUUUGCGACGAGGUGAUCUCGACGACCUUGGAGCAGCUUCAAGAGGUGUCUGCGAGUGCGGAAGAUUUGGCGAAAAAGAAGGAGUAUCGCAUCAAGACGCGAGCUAUAGAGGCUUACAGAGAAGAGCUCAAAUCUCGGUUCCUUCAGCAUGCCAUCCACUUGAAUCACUGGCACUCCUUGCGCAAGCGGCUUAGGCAUGUCCAAAAGGAGAAGAUGGCUCUGCGCGAGGACAUUAUGCGUAUCAAAGCUGAGAGAGAGCAGGUUGCUCUCCGGAUGGAUGCUAUCAGAAUCAAGCAUGAAGCCGAUACUAGAGAAUCAAAGUAUUGUCUUGAUGCAUCCUCUCUUAUGCAUGAUGUAGAACUUGCGGUAGAGCAGGGCAGGGAGGCACCGGAGCUUUCGCGCGCAGCACAAAAGGAGGCCGAGCUGGCCAAUCUCGAGCUGCUUGUGACUCGCGUAUCGGAGCAGGCUAGCUCGUCCAGCUUCACAGGCGGGAUUCUCAGACAGGUCAGAGACUUUAACUCAUUCUUAGAGCGGGCUGCCAUGGCACUUGAAUCACGAUGA